CACAUUUCUGCUGUUUAAUGGACCACUUUCAUGGAUAUCGCUUGUGAUCUUUGGGAGAUAAUUCAGGUUAUUAACAUGACACUGCCAAUUAUAUUCUGCCAGGUUAAUUCUGUGACAUAUUGAAAUGCAUCGUUUUCAAAAUGAAUCAAACCUGCCAUUGCUGCAAGGUGGCUUUGUUUCUCCAUGUGCUGUUUUGGUGGAACACUGAAGGGUGGGCCGUAUUGGUUUGUCAAGGAAUCAUUGAUGUGAAACCAGCUACAGUCUUUGCCAUGGGAUCCAACAUCUCAAUCAUCUGCCACUCCUUCAUUGACCACUGCCACUCCAAAAAAUUUUUCAUAUAUAUGGAUGGCAAAGAACUGAAAGGGAGCACCCAACUGAAUGAAUCAGCGGUGGUCCUCCAUCUCCAGGACUUCUCAAGACCCAGAUCAUCGGCUCAGUGCUUUGUGAAAUGCAAUGAGAGAGUGGAGAUGAUGGUCUGUGGGAGCGACAUCAAUGCAGGCUAUCCUCCAGAUGCUCCUACAGGUUUAAAUUGUAAGAGCAGGUGGUCCACAGGGAAAAUAACUUGCUCCUGGAACAGAGGAAAAGACACGCAUAUUAGUACAAGUUAUACCUUGAAAAUUCAGAGCAGCAGAGACUCGGACAGUUUGGCAUUUCCUGCAGAAGACGGCCUCGCUGAAUCUGUUCAAGUUUCUCUCUCACACUUCAAAAUGGACAAAGAGUACAAGGUGACCGUGCACGCCAAAAACGACCUGGGAGAAGCGCAGUCUGAAGUUCUGUCAUUUACGAUUAAUGACACAGUUCUACCAGACACACCUGUUAUAUCUGGAGUGAUCUUCAGUAACUUUUCCCAAGAUGAAGCUAUCCUCCAUUUAAAAGAGCCAACACCAUACAACCAGCUUUGUGUCGAGGUUAAGUGCAGAGAACCUGCAUCACAGCCUUGGAUUGUGGUUACAGGUAAUCAAAGUGAAAACAAGAGCUGCGUACACCUGCAGCACAAAUUCAAGCCCUUGACCAAAUAUGACCUCAGUGUCCGGUGCUGCCUGCUAAUGGACACAACUCGGUGUAGUGAUUGGAGUGACCCGUUCUGUGAAUGGACACCACAAACAGGACAAACUGAGGGGUUGGAUGUUUGGAGAAAAAUAGAAACACGUGAUGCAGAGACAAAAAUGGUGACCAUACUUUGGAAGCAUCCUCACUCUGAAUAUGUCAGAAAUAUUAUUACAGAAUACCAGGUGCACUACCUACACCAUGGUAAGCAAACCGAAGGCUGCAGGUGUCGGCCCUCUGAAACACAGUGCAAGAUGUUUGUUCCUGCUGAAACCAAGCAAGUUCAAGUGACAGCAUGGUAUCCCAAGGGACCCUUAGUAACAGCCCAAGUUACUCUUCAACCAAAAGGUUGCUCACCACCAGUGAUUACCGGUGUCACUUCAGCUGGGAAACUGGGAAUGCAUGUGAUGUGGAAUCCAUCUACAUAUUCAGCAGUCCUCUGGUACAUCAUCGAGUGGCACGGCAGGGAUGAGCAGAUGUCUUGGAAAAAGGUGCCAGCAAGAAAAACCUCUGCAUUUGCUGAAGGUUAUGCUCCUGGGGUCCGCUAUCAAAUCUACCUCUGGGCAAUGUCCUUGGAUGGGGAAUGCCAGCCAGCUGUGACUGAAGGGUACUCAGAACAACAAGAACCAGCUGCUGGACCGACCAUUUCAGUGACAGAAGUUACCACGAAAAGCAUGAAGGUUCAAUGGGAGGAGAUUUCAGUGCAGCAGCAGAGAGGAUUUAUUCAAAACUACACGCUAUACCUGAGAAAAGGCACCACAGGUUCUUACUUGAAAUAUUUAGUUGUGGAUUCUGCUGUAAGAGAGAUCAGACUGGAGGGUCUUGAACCUGGGACGAUUUACACCUUUUAUGUCACUGCAUCCUCGUCUGCUGGAGAAGGAGUACCCGGAGAGAUAAAAAUGGUCAAACUUGAUGACUACGACAUUUUUUUUCCUACUGUGAUCUGCUUGACUGUGUUCUCUUCCCUGGGGAUAUUGCUAAUUUUCGUCUUCCAAAAAAGCAUCAGAAAAAGAAUUAAAUUAUGGGCACCUCACUGUUUUAUGGAAGAAUUUCCAAAAGUUGAGAACAGUUCCGUGAAGAAGCUUUUGCAGAACAAAGAGCGGACUUUCUCAGACUGUUCAUGGAAUUCCAUCUACACUGACCCAUCUGUAACUGAUGUGGAGGAAGUGCCAGACUCGACCAAUGGAGAAACACUCCUGAAUUCCGUUAUUUCACAAUGCACAGAUAAUAUGGAGACAUGCAUUGCCCUUACUGUAGAAGAUGGGUAUAAACCUCAGAUUACAAACACAAAAGUUUUGGUGGAUGGCCGUAGAAUACCCGCACUUGCAGCUUCUAACGAUGUAAAGGAACAAUUUCCAGAAGAAAAAGCCAAACUCCAGGAGGAAAGUGCAUUACUUUCAAGCUUAGUGUUCAGCGGUUCUUUAGAAGAUGCCCUCCAAAAACAAGAUGUUUGUCUUUUCCUAAAAGGUGAAAUGGGAGGAAAAAAUAUGACACUAGAUGGCUUAUGCAGUGACUCAAUUCUAGGUGCGUGCAAUUCAGAACCUGAAUGCUUGUUUCAGGGUCCGACAGUCCUCCCUGAUGAGUUAACUGCUUGUCUACAGCAUCACAAAAAGGAGACUCAAAUAGAAAGCUCUUAUUUUCCUCAGUUUGUUCACCCAUGAUCUGAUGAUCACAUUUUCUUACGUGCUGCUUCCCCUAAUGAAGUCUCCAUUUUGCCACACAGGAUCAUUGAACUGUGAAAAUGUGAAAUGCAGGCAAAUGUGGGACUGUGACCACAACACUUUCCAGAAGAAAAUCUUUUAUCCUUAGAGCAUUACUGUUAAGUUCAUACUUUAUAUUUGAAACAUAAAUGUUAAAGUUCCAAACUAUACUAAUACAUAACUAUAUACUAUAGUAGUAGGGUGUUGUACCGUGUUAGCCAUUAUGGACGCAACAAGAAGUCA